CACAGACCAACUUGCACAAGACAGAGAAAACACACACACACAGACGCUUCCUCCAUACUAGGUAAUGAGGCGAGCCAAGGCACCGUGCUGAUGUCUCAUUGAGCUGGAGAAAAAAAAGUGGGACGCGCUCUCUUCUCUCUCCUCGCGACCGAUGUCUGGAUACUUGGGACCACUCCGGCGUUUUAAGAUGUGAACAGUCUUUCUGGCGACCCUGCUGAAUGUCCAAGGCCUGCUUCGUCACUGCCCAGCCAUGUCACAGAUGUUACAUAUAGAAAUUCCCAAUUUUGGGAACACCGUCUUGGGAUGCUUGAACGAGCAGAGGCUUAUGGGACUCUAUUGCGAUGUCUCCAUUGUUGUGAAAGGCCAGGCCUUCAAGGCGCACCGUGCUGUUUUGGCGGCCAGCAGCCUGUACUUUAGAGAUCUGUUCAGCGGUAACAGCAAGAGCGCCUUUGAGUUGCCAGCUACGGUGCCGCCAGCGUGCUUCCAGCAGAUAUUGUCAUUUUGCUACACCGGAAAGUUGACUAUGGCUGCUAGCGAGCAGCUUGUGGUGAUGUACACAGCCGGCUUCCUUCAGAUUCAGCACAUCGUAGAGCGAGGAACGGACUUGAUGUUCAAGGUGAGCUCGCCUCAUUGUGACUCUCAGACCACCAUGAUUGAAGAUACCAGUUCAGAACCCCAGAGCCCCUGCAACCAGACAACGGGCACCGCCACCUCUGCAUCCUAUGUAAUGUCUCCUUCCAUGCCCAUCCCACUUCUCACCCGAGUGAAAAAUGAGAGUUUGGAGGUGCAGCCAAUUGCGGUUCCCAAUGUGCCUGGCAAGAGGCCAACAGAGCCUCAAAACAGGGACAGCACGGGAGGAGCCUUGUCUACAGCGACAACACCAAAACUACAACGGGUUUCUUACUAUGGCAUGUCCACCCUAGCUACACUCUUCCCCAAUGUACAGCAAGUGUCAUAUUCACAAGGUGAGCGCACAAGCCCUAGUGCAAGCAGCAUACCGACCACAGACAGCCCAACAUCCUACCACAACGAGGAAGAUGAGGAGGACGAUGAGGCCUAUGACACAAUGGUGGAGGAUCAUUAUGGGCAGAUGUAUAUCAAGUCCACAGGGGGAUACGCAGUUGGUCAGGAUAAAGGAGAUCAGAUACAGAACUCACUGGAGAAUCGUUCCUGUGUCCUGAUUCGGAGAGACCUGGUGGCACUUCCAGCAAGUCUCAUUAGUCAGAUUGGCUACCGCUGCCACCCGAAGCUCUACUCAGAAGGUGACCCGGGCGAGAAGUUGGAACUGGUUGCAGGCUCAGGGGUAUACAUCACCCGUGGACAGCUCAUGAACUGUCACCUCUGUGCCGGAGUGAAGCAUAAGGUCCUUUUAAGACGACUCCUUGCCACGUUCUUUGAUCGAAACACUCUCGCUAACAGCUGCGGCACCGGAAUCCGCUCUUCCACCAGUGACCCCAGCAGGAAGCCAUUGGACAGCAGAGUGCUCAACGCUGUGAAAUUGUAUUGCCAGAACUUUGCACCCAAUUUCAAGGAGAGCGAGAUGAAUGUUAUUGCAGCAGAUAUGUGCACCAAUGCCCGCAGGGUACGUAAACGCUGGCUCCCCAAGAUAAAAUCAAUGCUGCCAGAAGGGGUGGAGAUGUAUCGUUCUGUGAUGGGUGCAACAGCGGCCGGAGUCCCACUGGAGUCAGACUUCCAGCCCAGUCCAGCCCAAGUGUUCGAGCAACGUAUCUAUGCAGAGCGGAGAGGUGAUUCUGGCGCCAUAGUGUCCUUGAGAACUAACACAGCAAAUAUAGACCUCACCGCCAAUGCCAGUCCUCCAUUCGAACAGAGCCAGGAGGCUGAAGGAGCAACAGGGUCCGUCAUUCAGGAGGUAGGUGGCACCGAUCCGUUGACAUCGGACAACCCAAGCCCACCUCCAACCUCUUUUGAACAAGAAGCCGGCUCUACCAGCAGGCCAGAGACCCCAGUGCGGAGACAAGAAGCUUCGUACAGCGGGACUUUAUAGAUUGUGAAGAAAAGCCAACAGGGAGUCCGCACGGUGACCUGUAAGGGAAGUUGUAAUUCUAGCUCUGCUUGCAUGCAUUACUAAUAUGAUACAAAAAACAAACAAAAUGUGAUCAGCCACUUACUUCAGAACUGCUAUUUUUGCCUGACUAAAAUGUGAUUUUUAUUCUGCUUGUAUUUAAAACAAAAACACUCAAAAAACAAAAAAAUUACAAAGGAAAAAUAAUCGCAUUCGUUAUACUGUAAACGAUCAGGUCAAAUGAGACCUGCUUAGUUAUAAAACAAAAUGGGCUCAUUUUUAAAAUGGAAUUUACUCUAAUGAAUGCAUCUAUUUGUUUUAUCUUCCACUCACAAAAGCACGUGUUUAAGAAGAAAAAAAAAAAAAAAGAGAAAAAAAGUUUAAAAAUCGUCACCGUUCAUUAAUCCAUUAAUGGUUUAAAUGGGACGUUACCAUCACUUAUUGUCUGUCAUCCUUCCAUUUUGGAGCAAGGAAUUUCUUGGACUAUUGCAAUCUGCAAAGCAGGUUUGGGCGCCAUCAAAUGGCAAGUUUGUAUGAAAUUGUGUAUUAAAACUGAGAUAUUGGCC